CUGCCUUGAACCUUUAGGAGACAGAAAUCCUUCUGCUGCUCACUUGCCUUUUUGCAGUUCUUACUUUCUCUCUUACCAUUUCUCUCAGCUUCCCAUCUGUAUGUUAUUUGGGCCUGGCUCAGGGGAGAGGCAAUCCCACAAGGGGAGAGAAAUCAGGGCAGGGAGGGAGGAGAGGGAAGAGAGGAAGUUCACAAGAGUUAGUUUAACUGGAUUCAGCAAGGGCCGGGCAAGGGGGCAGUGCUGAAUCUGGACCUUAGGAGGAGCGGAAAAGUUAAGUGAACGGGUGAAGAAGCCCAGAGGACACUGCUUGUGACAGAGACGGAGAGGAGGGAGAUCGUUGGGCAAACACAAAUAUGGCUACUAAUUCCCUGUCCUUGCUCUGCGUUGUCUCCAUCCUCUCAGGGAUUGUUUGUACAACUUCUGCCACCAGGUUUGGGGAGCAGCAACUCACUGUACUUCAAGUAUGUGCCAAGGGUUUUUUCCUCAGUGAACAAAGCGUAUGCCUUCCAUGUAACUGUAAGGGCCACGCUGACUACUGCAAUGACAUCACUGGUGUUUGCAUUAACUGUAGGGACCACAGCACAGGAGAUUUUUGUGAAAUGUGUGAAGAUGGCUACAUCCUGAGCUCCAGUCAGGAUGGGCAACAUGCCUGUAUACCCUGUUCCUGCCCCCUCCCUACCGAAUCUAACAACUUUGCUGUGUACUGCAAAAAAGGAGUCGGCAGUCUGCAGUGCAAGUGCAAACAGGGCUACGCUGGAAAUCACUGUGAGAGGUGUGCUCCAGGUUACUAUGGAAACCCAAUGCUUAUUGGUUCAUCCUGUAAGAGGUGUGACUGUAACGGCAACACUGACCCUAACCUGAUCUUUAACGAGUGCCACAACAUGACGGGACGCUGUCAGCACUGCUGGGGAAACACAGCCGGUGACAACUGUGAGAGGUGCGCCCCUGGUUUCUACGGCGACGCCAUCAGCGCCAAGAACUGCAAAGAGUGCAAGUGCAACAAAUGCGGCACCUCCUCAUGUGACGACAGGACAGGGGUGUGUCACUGCAAGCCAGGAGUCAAAGGACGCUUCUGUGACCAAUGUGAGGAGGGUUACUUUGGAUUCUCCAGCUGUCAGGGCUGCAGGAGGUGUGAAUGUGGGCCAGCGUCCCUUCGCCCAACCUGCCAUCCGCUUACUCACAGCUGUUCUUGCCGCCCGGGGGCUGCAGGUCGUUACUGUGAGCGCUGCCUCCCAGGGUACUGGGAUUACAGCUCCUCCGGCUGCCAGAAGUGUGACUGUGAGAGCGGCCACUGUAACAUGCAUACAGGAGAAUGCCUGGCAGAGGCUGCAGUCAAUCUCUGCAACAACAGUUGUGAUGAUUGCAUCUGGCAGCUGAUUGGAGAUUUAAGGUUGUCUAAUAAGACCCUGGAUCAGCUGAAGGUCGGAGUGCUGAACAUCUCCACUGGUGCUGCGGCUAACGACAGGAUCAAAUACUACAACUAUACCGCUCAUCAACUCCAGAGGCACUUUCAUGUCUGGAGAAACAAGUCAUCUGUGAUAAGACGACGGACUGAAGAGCUGGAUGAGGCUGCAGACAACGUGCUUUUGGACAUGAAAGACCUCAGAGACCAGGGAAACCUGGUGAAGAGAUUAGGGAAUCAGCUGGACACAGAGUCCAUGGAGACGUUGACCUUGGCUGAGCAGCUCAGCAAUAAUCUCACAGACCUCAGCCAGCGUAUCGAAGAUAUGAUCCAUGACUGGGAACUGUACAAUAUCCAGCAGGAUAUGGAUCCAGAGGAGGUCAGACGUAGCACAGAGAUGGCCCAAGAGAUGAUAUCGUGGAUCAGACAGCUGGACUUGUCCACACAGGAGCCCAUUGCCAGGAAUGAAGCAACAAAGGCCCAUGAAUUGCUGGCGCGUAUUCGCCAAAUGGAGAAGAAGCUGAUGAUCACAGAGAACCGCCUGCCUUCAAUCAGAGAGAUCCUGUCCCGUUUCUCCAGCCGACUCUCGGAGGCUGAGAAAUUUCUCCUUGAUGCAGCUGGAACUGUGCAGGAAGCAGAGGACAAGAACAAAGCCAGCCUGCUCAAGUUCGAAAGGAAGGAGGAAAAACAGCAGAGGCUGACGGAGGACCAGCUGCCUGUAAACGACACCCUGGAGACAAGCAGAGUUUUCAUCUCUGAAGCUGAGAGGACCAUGGCUGAGGUGGACGCUUUGACACAGAGUGUGAGAGGAUACCACGCUGAGAUAGACGGCGCCGAUCAGAGGCUGACAGAGAAGAUGGAGCGGCUCUCGCUGGCGGACAGAGAUCUGGUUCAGAAGGCGGACGAUCAUGCUGCUGAGCUGGAAACACAAGCCAAUGAGCUGGAGGAGGAUCUGAAAGAAAGCGAUGCCAAUGGCUUUGUUCAGAGAGCGAUAAGCGCCGCCAAUGUUUACAACAACAUCGUGAAAUAUAUCGAUGAUGCCAACAUCACUUCACUCACUACGCUCAACUCAUCUCAGAGAGCAGAAGAUGCCAUCGGUGGGAUUAAAACCCAGCUUGAUUAUCUGGUGACACAGAGUGAAAAUACCUUCCUGAAAUCUGUUUCAUUACGAUCUGAACAGCAUGAUGUGCUGACUCAAGUGGCCGACGGUGUGGCAUACAUCGAGGAAACCCGGCUUGCCAAUGAGAACAUUCAGGAAAAACUGGAAGAGGUGGCGAAAGACAUCAGGGUCAUUCAGAAGGACAGAACCCCCCAGCGCCUGAACUUCUCCUUGGAGGUGGCAGAGGAGACUCUCAUCCGCUCCACAGAAGUCCUGAAGACCAUCACUCCCAUCAGCGAACGAGUGCAGCAGUGGUCUCAAAACAUGAGAAACAGCGAGUACUCUACAGCUGCAUAUGAAAAGGCCGUUUUGUCUGCUGGAGAAGCAGUGGAGAACCUGAACGUGCUCGUCCCUGAGUUGCUCGACAAGCUGAAGGUGGUUGAAGAGAAGAAGCCUGUCAACAACGUGACCACUAACAUCAUGAGGAUCAGAGAACUCAUUGCACAAGCCAGGAGCGUGGCCAAGAAAGUUCAGGUUUCUGUGAAGUUUAAUGGACAGUCUUCAGUGGAGGUUCAGCCACCCAGCAACCUGGAGGAGCUGAAGACGUCGACAUCCAUCAGCCUGUUCAUGAGGGUGGACCCAGACAAAGACCCCAUAGAGGACCGCUUCAUCCUGUAUCUGGGGGACAGGAAUGGCAAGAAGGACUACAUGGGCCUGGCCAUCAAGAACGACAAGCUGGUGUUUGUCUACAACCUGGGACGUGACGAUGUUGAAAUCCCGCUGUCCUCCAAGCCUGUCAGUCAGUGGCCGGCUGUCUUUAACUAUAUCAAAAUAGAAAGGCUGGGACGACAUGGAAAAAUCUACCUGACUAUUCCCAGUCAGGGCUCCACAGAUGAGCAGAAAUUCAUCCAGAAAGGCAACGCUCCCAUCACCGACUCCUUGUUCGACAUCGACCCCAAGAAUGUGGCGUUCUUCAUCGGAGGUGCCCCCCCAGACGUCAAGCUGCCUCCUCCUCUGACUCUCGCUCCUUUCGUGGGCUGCAUCGAGUUGGCUUCUAUCAACAACGAUGUCAUCAGCCUGUACAACUUUAAAGAGACUCACCUAAAAAAUGUCUCACCUCCUUGUCCCAGGUACAAGCUGGCCUUCUCCCAGAGUCGCAUCGCCAGCUACCUGUUUGACGGAACGGGCUAUGCACUCAUCAGUAACAUCGAGAGAAGAGCGAAGUUUGGUCCCGUCAUACGCUUUGAUAUUUCUGUGCGAACAGUCACAGACAACUGUGCCAUUUUCCUCAUGGUCAGCGGGGAAAACUUUUUCCUCUUAGAAAUAAAGAAUGGUUUGCCGCGCCUAACCUACGACUUUGGCUUCAGCGAUGGACCAAAACUUCUGGACACCAAUUUACCGAAAUUUCAAAUAAAUGAUGCAAAAUAUCAUGAGGUGUCAGUGAUUUACCAUCAGUUAAAGAAAGUUAUCCUGCUAGUGGACAAGGCUUUAGUUAAAACUGUGGAGAAUCCCAGAACCCCGCUGCCUUUCUCAGAAAUCUACAUCGGGGGUGCCCCCUCCAGCUUGCUAAAAUCCAGGGUGGAGCUGUCUGCUGUGGUUGGCCUGAAAGGGUGCGUCAAAGGAUUCAUGUUCCAGAAAAGAGAUUUUAACCUGUUGGAGGAGCCUGGAACCAUUGGUAUUAGCAGCGGUUGCCCAGAGGAGUCUGUUAUGUCCCGUCAAGCUUACUUUACUGGAUUCAGCUACAUCGGAUCCACUGCAAAAAUCUCCCCUUUUGACAACUUUGAAGGAGGGUUUAACUUCAGGACGCAGCUGCCUACUGGACUCAUGUUCUACCACACUGAAGGGCCAGAGGAGUUCAGCAUCGCCCUGGAGAAUGGAGCAGUAGUACUGAACAACCGAGGAGUGAAGGUCAAAUUACAGAAGAAGCAAUACAAUGAUGGGAGGACUCACUUCUUACUGGCCUCAGUGAGCAAGGAGAGGUAUUCACUGUUGCUGGAUGACAAAGACAAGCAGGAGAAAAAGCGUCCGGCGUCUGCCAUGAAGUCCUCCUCAGAUUCUCCCGUAAAGACCUUCUACUACGGCGGGUCUCCGAGCAGCAGCCUGAGGAACUUCACCGGCUGCAUCAGCCAUGCGUACAUCAACAGACAAGACCGAGACAUUGAGGCGGAGGACUUCCAGAAGUACACAGAGAAGGUGAACGUUUCUCUGCAGGACUGUCCGGCACAGCAGCCUCCUGCUGCGCUGAUGUCACCACACAGGGCAACGUCUAAAGCCAAACAGAGCCAGAAGGUUGCCAGAGAUAAGUCCAGUCAUCUUCUGGAGCCGACCAGCUCUGAUCAAAAGUCACCAGAGCCCAGCAUCCAGUCUUGCUACCUCUCCCCAAGUCCUAGAUCAACACACCAGGCCUUCCGCUAUGGCGGAGUUGCCAACAGCAGGCAGCACUACGCAGGUGUCCCUGCUUCUCUUCCUGAGAGGUGCCACUUGUCCCUGUCCCUAAAGAUCCAAUCUGCCUCAGGCCUCAUCUUCUAUGUAUCCGAUGAGCAAGAGGACAACUUCAUGGCUCUUUUCCUGGUGGAGGGAAAGCUUGUGUUUAGUUUCAAUGUAGGAGACCAGAAGGUUCAAAUUCGGACAGAGAAGAGAUAUGACGAUGGCGUCUGGCACAGUGUUGCUUGCAUCCGGGAUGGGAAGACAGGGCGGCUAGUGAUGGACAGACACACGGUGUUUGAAGAGAGAGCUCAGGCAGACAAGGUUGUCUGGAAAGUCAGUGACUUCCUCUUUGUUGGAGGAGUUCCUCCUGGGAGAGCACAAAGGAACAUUAAGAGGAACUCUGCACACAGCUUUACUGGCUGCAUGAAGAACCUUCAGCUGGAUGGACGACGCCUGUCCUCUGCAGCUGAGACUUUUGGGGUCAGCCCGUGCUUUGAAGGACUGAAGGAAGACGGAACGUACUUUUCAGAGGAGGGAGGAUAUGUGGUUAUGGAUGAAUCCUUCGAGCUGGGCUUGAGGUUCGAGUUAGUGAUGGAAGUGCGACCGUGUGUGGCGUCAGCCGUGCUACUUCACGUGCGGGUGGCAGAGGGUUAUUUCAUCAUGUACAUUCAUCAAGGAGCGGUGGUCGUUGUCGUCAACGACGGCACACAUGAGUUCUCUACUAAAGUAUCACCAAGGCAGGGCGUGUGUGACGGCACCUGGCACAGCAUCACAGUGAUCCGGGAUGCCAAUGUGGUUCAGCUGGAUGUGGACUCUGAGAUCCAACGCGUUGUAGGACCCGUAAACCCCCGUUCUGCAGACACGAAGAGGCCAGUAUUUAUUGGAGGAGCUCCAGAUCUCUUCCUCCCAGAAAGCGUGGCCACCAGGAGGCCCUAUGUGGGCUGCAUGAAGAACCUGACCAUCAACAAGAACCCAGUGAGCUUCAGCAAGGCGGUUCUGGUCAGCGGCGCUGUCGGCGUUGGAAGCUGUCCUGCAGCAUAACGCUGUUUGUCAUCAGUAGCCCCAUCACAGCACUGACCAAACUCAUUAAAUACACCCAAUAAGAUUGUGUUCAUUCAGUCCAAAAUUCUUUGUCCAACAAAAUGACCAAAACCUUUCAAAUCUGAUAAGUGGAAAAAUUUCAAAAUUAUUUAUCCUGUGGAAAUAAUUUACAAUACAGAUGUCCUUUAUCACCUUCAUCAGCUCAAAACAAAAUACACACAGACUUUAUUUCAUUGUAAGUUUCAGUUUUCUUAGUGUCUCUAAUUUGGCACAUUUCUAUUAUAAAAAUCAGGAUAAAAUGUUUCAUUUUUGUAUUUUU